AUGACCUCUGCCCCCUGGUACAUGACCUCUGCCCCCUGGUACAGGUACCAUUACUACGGCAUUGCGGUGAAGGAGAGCUCGCCGCACUAUGAUGUGAUGUACUCAAAGAAAGGCGCUGCGUGGACGAACGACAGCGGAAAGAAGGAGGCAACAAAGCAGACGGUGGCGUAUUCUCCACGAUCCAAACUGGGAACGCUGCUCCCAGAGUUCCCCAACGUCAAGGACCUCAACCUGCCUCCCACCCUGCCAGAGGAGAGGGUCUCCACCUUCAUCAUGAUGUACCGGACACACUGCCAGAGGAUCCUGGACACCGUCAUCAGAGCCAACUUUGACGAGGUGCAGAGCUUCCUGCUGCACUUCUGGCAGGGCAUGCCCCCCCACAUGCUGCCGGUGCUGGGGUCCCCCACUGUGGUGAACAUCGUGGGGGUCUGUGACUCCAUCCUGUACAAGGCCAUCUCUGGGGUCCUCAUGCCCACUGUGCUGCAGGCUCUGCCAGACAGUUUGACUCAAGUGAUUCGUAAAUUUGCCAAACAACUGGACGAGUGGCUGAAGAUCGCUCUCCACGACCUUCCAGAAAACCUCCGGAACAUCAAGUUUGAACUGUCUCGGAGGUUUUCUCAAAUCCUAAAGCGGCAGACGUCUCUGAACCACCUCUGUCAGGCCUCGCGGACCGUGAUAAACAGUGCAGACAUCACCUUCCAGAUGCUGGAGGACUGGAGGAACGUGGACCUGAGCAGUAUCACCAAACAGACCCUCUACACCAUGGAGGACUCCCAGGACCAGCAACGGCUGCUCAUAGUACACUUGUAUCAGGAGUUUGACCGGCUGCUGGAGGAGCAGUCUCCCAUCGAGGCCUACAUCGACUGGUUAGACUCCAUGGUUGACCGCUGUGUUGUCAAGGUGGCGAUGCAGAGGCCUGGGUGCCUGAAGAAGGUGGCGCAGCAGUUUCUGUUGAUGUGGUCGUGUUUCGGGACCAGAGUGAUUCGGGACAUGACCCUCCACAGUGCGCCCAGCUUCGGCUCCUUCCAUCUGAUCCACCUCAUGUUUGACGACUACGUCCUGUUUCUGAUGGAGUCUUUGCACUGUCAGGAACGAGCCAACGACCUGAUGAGGACCAUGAAGGCUGAGGGCAGCUCAGAGCGAGAGGAAGACUUCACCCUCACAGAGACCCCCACCCCUCCCUCCCCUGCUCCCUCAGUCCCCUCUGGUGGGGUCUCCUCUGGGGGGGUGUCCUCUGCCGGCUCCCCCACCGCUGCGUCCCCAGAGUUCACGCCCGCGACAACAGGCGCGGUUCAGUCAUAUACCUGGUCCCUUACAUACACCGUGACUGCUGCAGGUGGCUCCGCUGCUGAGGCUCCUCAGCUCCACUGCAUGAGGAACCCGGCCCCCACCUCAGCCUCAGCCCCCGCCUCAGCCCACCGCCUGCCGGUUUACAGAGAGGAGCAUGGGUACACUGGCAGUUAUAACUAUGGAGGAUACUGUGGUCCUCCUUCGAUCCAGAGCCAGUUCCAGAGUCUGGGACCUGAGUCGCUCUCUGCUCCUCUGCACUACUCUGCGUACCACCGCUCCUCUGCACAGUACCAGCUGAAUGGGCAGGUGUCGCGGAUGGAGCCCUGUGUGAUGAGCACGCCGCGGCUGCACACGGCCCCUGGCGCCCCCCGCUGGACAGACGUGUCUCCGGUGAACGGCUGCUACACCAGCCCCCCCCUGCACUCCUCCCGCUACACCUCCUCCGGGGAUAUGUACUCCCCCAUAGGAGGCCGCAGGAACACGGAGUACGAACAUUCACAACACUUCCCUGGGUUUGCCUACAUCAACGGAGAGGCCACGACGGGCUGGGCCAAGUAG